ACUCCGUAUACAGAUAGAAACUGACAGACAAAUCUGAGAAUUCAAUGCAGAGAGAGAGAGAGAGAGAAACAAACAGCUGCCUUAAUCACAGCUGUAACAUAUUCUUAAAAAAUUCAAAGUUUUCUGUCAACAUAAACCAUUUUGGUUGACACCCACUUCUGAAAAUAAGGCUAUAGGGAGAAAGGUCAAAGACUCAAAGUGUAUCAGCUAAAGAAAUCAUUAAUAGAACUUUGCUUCUAAGAGAGAAAAGUUGAAGUCAAUAUAAUUCACGUCUUGGAAGAAAGGGGGUUGAGUGCAACAAAUUCUGUUUGUUUACUACCCGUCAAGUUGGAAUCUUUUUUAUUGAUUCUUAAAUUUUACUGAAAUUAAAAAUGGGGUUGAUUUCUGGGAUUCUGAUGGGGAUGAUAUUUGGAGUCGGUUUAAUGGCGGCUUGGAAACAUAUGAUGAGGUAUCGAAGCGCCAAGCGAGUUUCAAAGGCAGUAGAGGUAAAACUAAUGGGCUCCCUCAACAGGGACGAUCUAAAGAAAAUGUGUGGCGAUAAUUUUCCUGAAUGGAUAUCAUUCCCAAUUUAUGAACAGGUCAAAUGGUUGAACAAACAAUUGAGCAAACUGUGGCCAUUUGUUGCCGAGGCAGCCGAGGCUAUUAUAAAAGAAUCCGUUGAACCUCUUUUAGAAGAUUAUCGACCUCCUGGAAUUACUUCAUUGAAGUUCAGCAAAUUGUCCUUAGGAACUGUGGCACCUAAAAUUGAAGGUAUUCGUGUUCAAAGCCUUAAAAAUGAUCAAAUUACCAUGGAUAUUGACCUUCGAUGGGGUGGUGAUCCCAAUAUAGUGUUAAGUGUGCAAGCUGCAAUGGUUGCUUCGAUACCCAUUCAGUUGAAAGAUCUUCAAGUCUUCACAGUUAUUCGUAUUAUCUUCCAACUAGCUGAGGAUAUUCCUUGCAUCUCUGCUGUUGUUGUUGCUUUACUUUCAGAGCCAAAACCAAGAAUUGAUUAUACAUUGAAGGCUAUUGGUGGUAGUUUAACAGCUCUUCCUGGAAUUUCGGAUAUGAUUGAUGAUACUGUAAAUUCAAUUGUCACAGAUAUGCUAGAAUGGCCUCAUAGAAUUGUCGUUCCAAUUGGUGGAAUACCCGUGGAUACUAGUGAUUUGGAGCUUAAGCCACAGGGCAAGCUUACAGUGACCAUAGUCAGGGCUAAUGGCUUAAAGAAUCAUGAAAUGAUUGGAAAAUCAGAUCCAUAUGUAGUCUUAUACAUUCGCCCACUAUUCAAGCUUAAGACGAAAACCAUCGACAACAACCUAAAUCCGGUUUGGGACCAGACAUUUGAGUUGAUUGCAGAAGAUAAGGAGACUCAAUCUCUUAUUCUCGAGGUAUAUGAUAAAGACAUUGGGCAAGACCAGCGAAUGGGCGUUACAAAGUUGUCUCUGAAUGAGCUGGAAGCGGAGACCCCAAAAGAAAUUGAAUUAAGGUUACUUCCAAAACUUGACAUGCUCAAAGUCAAAGACAAGAAAGAUAGAGGGACUAUCACAGUGAAGGUGUUGUAUCAUGAGUUUAACAAAGAAGAGCAGUUAGCAGCUCUGGAGGCAGAGAAGAAGAUCCUAGAAGAAAGAAAGAGGCUAAAGGCAGAAGGGGUCAUUGGCAGCACUAUGGACGCCCUUGACGGGGCAGCAUCGAUCGUUGGUUCAGGCGUUGGCAUGGUGGGGACGGGCAUUGGUGCAGGCGCAGGAAUAGUAGGAAGUGGUCUUGGAGCUGUUGGCAGUGGACUAAGCAAAGCUGGAAAGUUUAUGGGAAGGACCUUCACAGGACAGUCCAGCUCCAGCCAUGCAAGGAAGAGGAGUGGUUCCUCUACUCCAGUAAACUCUCUUCAACAAAAUGGAGGUGCAUAGGCUCUGCCUUAGUUUUGUGAACUAGAAACUUACUAGUGUUUAUAAACUUAUUGGCUUUAGAUCAGAUAUCAUAGUCUUUGACCCCCCGACGUUAUUCAAAUACUAUGAAUCAACAUUUUGCCAACAAUUAAGUUUCGUGUUCUCAAGCCAUAUGAAUCCCCACUUUCCACAUUCUGAUUUUGUAGAAUUACUUUGACGGAUUUCAAUUGGCCUGAAAUUUUAUA